AUGCAGAUCAACCCAGCAGCGCUGACUGGGACUGCGUCUACUGCGCCCUCUGUCCCGGCCGGCAAACCAACUACCGCUUCACAUACGCCUCAGAAAACCACAAAAGCCCUGAUAUCGGUUCCUCGCCUUGACUUUGAACCUAUAUAUACAGAUUUGAAGAUUGCGAUAGGGGAACAUUGGGUUGAAUAUAAGCAGGCCAUCACACUCUUUUUGUUAGGCCAUUUAAAUCAAAAUGAGUUCUUUCGCCGUGUAAACCAUUUCCUCUCCGCUGAACCCAAGUUGGAGCACCUUCACAACAAUUUUGUCUGCGCUAUAAUUGGAAAUCUCACCCGGGACCUUCCGGACCAUGGUGUUGCAAGUUGGGUCUCUGCAAAUGAUAAACCGACGGUGGUAUCGAAGCCAGCUUCUGGAGAUGCUGUGGAGCAGCGACUCAAGACCGAGGUUAUGCAGUUGCAGCCCAAAGAUCGGAGAAGAUUGAAAGCCAUUCCGGAGCCUGAUUCUCAAGCUAUACCCAAUCCGCUAGAAGAGUACCAUAUUGCAAAGCAGAUACGGAUACCAGAUCAAGUCCCUCCCAGCGCGGGAGGAUUGAACAAAACAAACUGGGAGCUUGAGAUCCGAAAACGUUACGCCCAGCCGCUUGCUUCUGAGACAGGCGAGUUCCCAGACGCCGAAUCAAUACAUGCACGAAUGGUGCCUAUAUGCUAUGAGGAGUCUAUAACAAAUGGAGCCUCUUUCCCCUGCGCGGUAUUUAUGUCCAUCGCCACGGAAAAUUUCGUCAAAGAAUUCCUUUCACACGUCUUUGCCCGAACGAGGUCCAAUGGCCCUUCAGGUACAAUAAACGGUACAAUGACAAGAAAAUAUCGACUGCAAUUGGAAAAGGAGGAGCUGGCAUUUACCCGCGGUGAGCUGGUCAAGAACACGGCAAACGGGUUGUUGCCUGUUGAGGCAAAGGAGGCUAGUGUCAGAGAAGCUCUCGGCGUCCAAGAGCUCAAGUUCACUCUGGAAUUGGGUGGUGGCUUAUUAGGACACAUGCCGCUGAUUGUUAGCCAAAUCGUGAAUGGCUACCUUGAUGGUGAACUCGAAGCUGAACGAGAAGCUUACUUAAGCGAGAUUGUAGAUGAGGAGCAUGGGCACCAAGAAGAUACAUCUGAGCCAGACGAAAUGGAUAUCGAUGACGCCAAUUCGGACUGGCAAGGCGCCACCUUGGCGGAUCGAGAACAGCUCAAUUCCCUUCUUGAAGAGUGUCUAAGCCUGGCAGCUUAA